GGCUCCGGGGGCCAUGGCCGGCGUGCAGCAGGGCGAGAAGCAGCUCUUCGAGAAGUUCUGGAGAGGCACCUUCAAAGCCGUGGCCACGCCGCGACCCGAGAGCAUCAUCGUGGCCAGUAUCACCGCUCGCAAGCCGCUGCCCAGUGGGACGCUGAGCUGCCUGCCGUACCCUGCGGAGGACAGACGGCCCGAGAAGCUGAGCAGCUGCGUGGUCAGGGAGCCCGCCGGCGCCAACGGCUGUGCCAAGGGCAGGGACAGACGGGACCAUGGCCACCGCAGGUCACGCAGCCCUUCGUGUGAUGAGGAGCGGCCGCUGCCAGCUCGGGGGAAGAAGAAGAAAAAGAAAUCUGGCCGCAAGAAGCGAAGGAGGUCUCCCUCCUACAGCCCUUCACCUGUGAAGAAGAAAAAGAAGAAAAGCUCCAAGAAGCGAAAAAGAAACAGGUUAUCGUCAAAGAAGAGAAGGCACAGUUCUUCAAGCCCCAAAAGUAAGAGAAAGGAAGAAAGAAAACACAAAAAACACUCUCGUGGGCGCACCCGGAAAUCCCAUCGGCAUCGGCGCUGCCACUCUCGCUCAGAGAGCUCCGACUCCCACUCCCCCAGCUGCCGGAGCAGGCACAGAGCCAGGUCUCGGGAAGAAGGGCAUAAAACACGGCGAAGACACUCCUGGCACCAUUCAAAGAUCACGGCAAAGAGAAGCUCCUCUGCAGAGGUUCAGGCCAGUCAAAAAGCCAGCCAAACCCUCCCACUCUACAGCUUCCUGUCUUCUAAGGAAGUAAUCUCUCAGUCAGGGUCUUCUGCUGACCUCUUUACCAAAACAGACAGCCCGCCUGGCAACCUAGCCAGCCAGAAUGGAGAGUAUCAUGAAUAUGACUCAGGAAACGAUACUUCCUCCCCUCCCUCCACUCAAACAAGCUCAUCCAGGUCAAAGGACAGCCAGGAGAAAAGAAGUCUAGUCCAUGAUGGCUUUGGCCAUGCCUUCUCGUCCGGGAAGCCCAAACUGGCCAACAGCGAUAACAGCUCUGAUUCAGGAAAUUCCUUCACCAGUUGCUUUUCCCAGACCAAGGGAACAGCUUUGGAAAAUCUGUCUCCAGAUGCCCAGGGACAAGACCGAAGAGCGUGCCUAUCCUCAUGUCUCGGUUCCUCAGAGGAGAAGAAGCGAAACUUCCUCCCCUCCCCAGCCCACAGCUCCCCGCUCAGGCCUGGCUCCCGCAGCGAGUCCUGCACCAGCACGGGCAGAUCCUCCCCCGGCUCCAGCCGCUCCCGCUCCUCGCACCACAAGGCCUCUCCCAGGUACUCCCGAAGCAGGUCCUGCUCCUCGGGAAAGAGGUCUUCCUCACGUUCCCCCAGCUAUUCCUCCAAAUCCUGCAAAAAAAGUCCUGGGAGUAGAAGUCCAAGGCCUCGCCGGAGCCCCAGUUACUCCCGCUACAGCCGUAGCAGGGACCGCGAGCGGGAGCACAAAUACAGCUCCAGCGAGAAGGAGCCGCACCGGGAGCGGCAGCGGCGGCGCCGCUCCUAUUCCCCCCUGAGGAAACGCCGGAGAGACUCUCCCAGCCACCUCGAAGCUCGGCGCAUCACAAGUGCCCGCAAACGCCCGAUCCCCUACUACCGUCCCAGCCCAUCCUCGUCCAGCAGCGCCGGCAGCUAUUCCUCCUGGUACAGCAGCUCCAGCCGCUCCCCGAGCCGCAGCCGGAGCUACUCCAGCUACCGGACGAGCCGGAGCCGGAGCCGAAGCUGGAGCAGCAGCCGGAGCUCGGGCCCCAGGAGCAGCCGCAGCAGGAGCAGGAGCUAUGACUCAGGAGCCAGCUCCGACAGCCUGCGUCGUUAGGGAGUGCCGCUGCUGGCUGACACCGGGUGCCGGCGUCACCGCCACAUUCCUGGCGUUCUCCGCUUCCUUCCCACCUACCUGGCCAUCGAUAGCAAUCAUCCCCGAUACUGCCACGGUGGCGUUGCCGGGUCCCCACUUCGGAGUAAGAGAAUGGUGCAGCCCCUCCGCCCCAGUGUGGGGUGGGUGGAUCAGUCCCAGCUCCCCUGGCCAGGCUGGAAGAAGGGUCGGUGCUUUAUAGAGGAUUUGUCACGACAGACCUGCUCCAUCCUCCCCGAUGUUCCCACCUCCCCGUUGCUACUGCUCUCCAAAGCACUACCAGUGGGUCCAAAGGAAAGAAUUCUGCUCCUUGCUCUUCUGACAAACCAGGAACCAACAAAUUAACUUCUGUUGGAGAGACAGACCAGCUGGGGAGCAGUUUGCUGAAAAGCUUCGGUGAUGGGGAGGGAUGGCUGUUCCCACCAAGGCAAAUAUCAGGUCCUUCGGGUCCCUCCUCCAGGGCUGCUGCCCACUCUGCAGAGAAAGUAAUUUUUUUGCCAGUCAGCCAGUCCCUGCUAUAAAUAGAAGGUUAGAAAUCCUUCCUGACAUAAUUCCUGGGGAAAAAAAAAAAAAAGGCUGCUUGCUCUUUCUCCUGCCCUUUCCUACUAGGUAGCAGCACCUUUUGCAGGGUUGUUUUAUCCCCCCAGCGCUGAACUGCUUGCAAACCACCUGCUGAGGUCUGAAGCAGACCUGGGGCUGGUGAGGUACAAGGCAGAGGGGAGCUGGUGCCGUGCUGUGCUCCAAGGGCCAGGCCAUGUGUGGGAGACAGGGGCCAAGGGCUUCCCUUCUCGGAGGAAGCCUUGGACAGUUUGGGUUUAGGUUCUUCUUCAGGGAGCGGUGCCCUCAGAGUGCGUUGCCAGUGGGACCAAAGGGAGAUGCAGAGAUAGCAGUUGUGGGGUGCAGCCAGAACACACAAGGUUAAAAGGGCAUUGCAAGAGCCAGGGCGCCCCAAUUCCCCCUCCCCAAAACACACAGCAAUUUCAAGCAGGAUUCCAGGCAAUCAUUCCUCCCUGAGCCCCUCUGCUGCCCUGGGGCAGGAUCAGCAGCACAGUUGCAGGGCCGGUGCCAGGCUGCAGCAGGAUGCACUGGUGCCCCAGUUUGUUUCUGGGAGGCCAGAGCAGUGUAGGGGGACGGGAAGGGCCCCCCACUAAUUGCUUGUUUUUCCAGGGAGCCACAGGCUGGGCCCUGGGGUUUUGUCUCCCUGCCAGCCCAGCUGCCUGCGCAAUUACUGUGUUUUGCCGGGUAACAAAGGCUUCUCCCAGCACAGGCUGGGCUGGUGCUGAGGAGUUUAUUUCUCUUACAACACCUGGGUGCUUAGAGACGCUAAUUUGGGCUUAAGACUUCCCUCCCUCCCUUUUUCCAUCCCCUCCCCUUCCAUCCUGCACGAUUAUUAACGAGUUCGGGCUUAAUGAGUCAAGGAGGUGUGUGUUGUUUAAGUGUUACAGAGAAGGGCUGAGUGGAGCCACCAUCUGCAGGAGAGGGGGUAGAAAGGAAUGCAACCCACCCCCCACCCCCCAUCUACAGAAUUACCUACAGGCCCCUGGCAGCUGGAAAAGGAACAAAGCAGCAAAGGGAGGAAGGCUGAGUGCCAUGAGCUGCUGUGUUGCAACUGAUGAUCGCAUCAGCAAGCCUAUAAAUCUGUUAUCUGCCAGAAAGUACAGCAGCGCAGGCAGGGAUUCCAUCUGGGUGGUACAAGAGGAAGUUUUAUGUCAGGGACUUCUUUCCCAGUAUCUUUCCUGGUGCUGGACCGCCUUGUCCUGUGCCUUCAAUGGCCAAAGCUCCCCUUUUUCCCAGACCCUCAUCCCCUGCCUUCCUUGCUGCAGGCAACAUGAGGAUGAGGGGGCUGAGGCAGAGAGCUGGGCACUGGUAUGGCUGGUGGCUUCGUGGGGAUGUGUUCAUCUUCUGGAAAGACCCUUUCUAGGAUACGGAGAGAAGAGCUCCUGCUAGGGCUGAGCGAAUACUCCAGGGCUGUGGUUGAGGGUUGAAAGACAGGAUGCCACUGCCAUCCCUCCUGUGCUGGCCCCAACAGCGGCCCCUUGGCCACCUUCUGCAGCAGACUCCCUCUCAAAAGGGCUGAAAACCUCAUGCUUCUUCCCCAAAGAGUCUCUCCCAGUUUGAUGCUGAAAUGCCCCAUCCUUCUUGCUCCCUGGGAAGAUCCAAAGGCAGUGAUGGGAACCCAGACCCUCCCAGCUCUACCAGUGCCCAGGAGCAGCCUCCUGCCCCUUGGCACCCCGUAAUACACACGCGGAGCUGUAGCAAGGAAGCAGCGAGCCCAACGGUCCAAAAUGAGGAAAGAAAAGAAGAGGGACUUUGUGCAACUAGUGUAAAUACCAAACUCACACUGACUGGAGUCCUCGUGGCUGGGGACAGAUGAUGGAAGCACCACACCAGGCUUAGCAGCAUCCACCCUCUGUGGGUCAGAAGAUGACCCUGAGGGUUGUGUGGGGCUGAGGACAGCUCCUGCACUCGUCCAGCUGAUCCCUGCUUCAAGGACUGCCCCUGCCUGUACAGUCCGUGGCAGCUAAACGCUCCUGGGGUUUCCCAAGCAGACUUGCAUUGGAGUAAACCUCUUUAAAUUAUUUAUUUAUUUAAUUUAUUAUUAUUAUUCUAUUUUUAAUUGUAUGUCAGAAUGGACCAGUAUUUAUUUAUUCUAUUUUUUUUUUUUCCCCCUAACGUUAAGUUAUUUUCGGAUCUGUUUGUUUGUUCAAAUGUAUCCAUGCCGCCGGUCUCGUGUGAGGGUUUACAGCUCUGGCCCCUCUCGGUGAGGUGGCCGGAGGAGUGACACUCACUCCUGCUGCCACCGUGUCCCUCUGCGCUCUCCGGGGCAGGGCGGAGAGCGCGGCACGGACAAAGGGACGCAGGGCAGAGCUGCGCCUUUUCAUGUCGGAAUCUCGGGUUGUUGGGAAGGAUGAAGCCAGAAAGCCCUAUAAAUAUGAUUGCCUCUAUUCUGAGAAUGUGAAACCUGUAACUGAGAUAGAAUUGAAAGUAAGUUUUGAUGUUUGAGAUGUAUUAGAUACUGGAUCUCUGGGAAAACAGUUAUGUGACCAUCUGAAAGUUACCUGCAGCCAGACCCAGAGGUCAAAUGGAAUGUUCUGUCUCACCCCUCAAUGUAUGGUUCAUCCCACACCUGUACCCCUCCCCUGAAGUAUCAGGUAUCUGUAACCCCAUUGGCCCAAGUCCUGUUCCAGCCCACCUUGAAGACCCCUGAUAAGGGGUCCCAGGGGGGCUGGACGGUCUCUUUCUGCUUGCACCCUUCCCCGAGGACUUUCCUCUCUUGGAAUUUCCUCUCCCUACUUCUCCCUUCCCCCACCUUCCUAGGCCUUGCCACGAGCUGCAGCCUGGCAGCUCCGAGCAAGGCCUCACAUCCCUUACAAUAAACCUCAUCUUCUAAAACCUAACUUCAGAGAUCUCUCGUCUACAUUCAUCUACACCGUCCUAGAGUCCUCAGCAGCAGGAGGAAGCUAUUUCUACAAUUGGCGCCCAACGUGGAAAACGCCGGACCCAGCCUUUCAAGCUGUGAGAGACUUCCCCAUGGACGGUAAAUUACCACUUGUAUGCUAAUCGGUGUCGUGAGCACAGUAUAUCGCUGCAGGGCAGCGUGAGGCUGGAGCUCUUUAAAGUUGCCGAAGACAAAACCUUGAGCACGAGGAUCGUUACUAAGUAGCGAACACUCGGAGCUCUGAGGAGGUUUUGUCUGGCGUCCCUCGAGCACAGACGGCUGCUGCUGAGCGGCGGCCACUGGGGCUCACGGAGGGAGUUUUGCCGUGGUACGUUGCCACGUGCGUUGAGCGCGUGUGGGCACUGCUUUGCGCUGCCCGCACUGAAGCGCCGAGGGGAGGUUGGAGUCCCUGAGCACGGAGGAGCUGUUCCUGAGCAGCGCCUGGAGCCGUGGCUUUGAACGGGACCCCGCGCAGCGUCCUGAGAGCCGACUGGAGUGUCUGGCCAACCCCCACGUCGGAUCUCGAGUGAGGACCUGCUUCUGCGACAUCGAGGUGAGCUACACUGGUGUAAAAAUGGGGCACUGCCAUUCUACCCUUGAUAGAGAUCUCUAUAAGAAACUUAAGUAUCUUUUACGCUGCAAUCACAGUACUUUACAUAAGCAAGAGCUGAAAGACCUUUUAGAAUGGACUCUAGUUAACUUUCCCAAUGCUGACCGUUCAGCCGUCUUUACCAGAGACUUUUGGGACUCAGUUGGAAAUAGACUCUUUAAUGAUAUUUCACGAAGGAAUUUCACUGUUGUUGAGCUCCUUCCAGCUUCUAGGGCUCUCGCUGA